AUGAAUAGUGGUAGUGACGAAUAUGUUCAAUUACCUACAUUUAUCAUCUCUGCCUGUUGGGUAGCAGGCGCAGGGGUAGGAUUCCUGCCGUUAUUCGGAUGGCAUGCUGCUGUUGAUUCUGCCCCAGGGUGCUAUUUCGUAGAAGUAAUGGACUACAACUAUUUACUGUUCCUGUACUUUGCCACAAUCGUCACGCCAAGUGUUUUACUAGCGGCUUUCUACGCUCAUAUCUACCGUGUAGUUGUUAAACAGAUGAGCGCAGUGGUGACAGUCGAAGGUGGUCAAGGUCGGGGCGGAACAAUGUUAAGAGUAUUAGGAGCAGCACAAAAACGAGAAGUCAAAGCUACACAAAACCUCGCUAUAAUCGUCUUCUUCUUUAUAGUCUGCUGGAUACCUCUAUACACCAUCAACGCAAUCAAAGCCUUUAUGCCUGAAUUAGACAUUCCAAAUCCACUGACAUAUUUCUGUAUAAUAUUCUCGCAUCUUAAUUCUGCGAUCAAUCCAUUGUUAUAUGCUUACCAUUUAAAAGAUUUUCGAGCAGCACUAAAAGGUUUGAUCUGCACAGUAUUUGGGAGAACAGUUCCUCUUCCCGCAGCUUACAGACCGCCGAUACCAAUGCGAAGGCCUGCUUUAGAAAGAUGUAACGCGUUAAGAGAAAGGCCGAAAAUUUAUGUCAACUCUCCAGUGUGGUUACGACAAAGAGAGGCGGAAAUGGCUGCCAAUAAUGAUAGAUGCAAGGCUGUCACCUUAUCUAAUCCAGAAAAAGAACCGUUUUUGAACAAAGUUGUGAAUGAUCAUUCAAACGGCCGACAUACUCCCGAAGGUCGCGAAGGAAACAAUGGACCAUAUCUCAUAGAGGCUAACCAAUGCCAGAGUCCGUAUAAAAAAGUUGAGGAGUUUAUACGAAGAGUGCGCAGCGUCAGCUCUGAGCGCAGC